AUGACCAACGCAUCAGCCUCUGAAACUAGCAAGACUAGGCUAGGCCUACGUGUCUUUGCUAUAAUUUUGGCCAUCGUUACAAUGUCAAUCUUUGGAGCCUCAUGGCGCAACCGGGCUUGGGUAUACUAUAUUGUUGCCGGCAUCCCAGGAAUUUGGUCUUUGAUCAAUGUGGUCCUAAUCGCCUUCAAGCGGCCUGCCCACCCUGGCGCCCAUAUUGCCCUGGAUCUCAUCUUCACGGCUGACCUUUGGUUUUUCGGAUUUUUCGGCCUUUUAGGCGAGUCCAUGUCGUAUGAAAAGGGAUACUCAAGGGUCUCGCUGCGGGCCAUGCUUAUCGCUGCUUUAUCACUCAUGAUUUUUAAUGGUUUGCUCCAUUUCGUUCACUUUGUCCUAGGUUGCUGCGAUGUACACUGGAGACGCCAUGCUUUAUCAGUCGAUCACAAUCCCCGGAAGGGAGAUAUUGAAGACUCCGUCUAG